UUUUAUUUCCUCGAAUGGCCUUUAUAUGCCCAAAAGAUUUGUGUCUAUGACCAGUUUCCAACAAAAACUAAACUUGUUGUAAUCAGAAAAUACUUUAUUUUUUUUUAACUAUACGGCUAUUUGCCUGAUAUAGACAGCUGCCGAAGUAGAUGAUGAUCAAAAUGGCGUCAAUUCGUCUUCGUUUGGUGUUUGUUCUACUUAGCAUCGCAGGUGCCUUUUGCCAGAAUUUUACGAAGAGAAAUCAACCAUCUGUAAACAAGCGUGAUGUGACGGUGAAGUGUGGAUCCAACCAAUUCGCAUGUUGGAAUCUGGUCCAGUGUGUCGAAAAAUCGCAAGUCUGCGAUACUAUAGUUGACUGCAAAGGUGGCACCGACGAGUUCAGAUGUCCCAAGGACUGCUCCCACAACAACCAGUUCCGCUGUAGGUCCGGACUAUGUAUACCACGUAACAAAGUGUGUGACCGAGUUAACCAUUGUAAAGACUGCUCGGAUGAACAGGAAUGCGAAAAACGUCCUUGCUAUUAUGGCAAGGAGAGGUGCGACAACCACAUUUGUAUAUAUAAAACCAAGUUAUGUGACGGUAAAGAUGAUUGCGGCACCGGAUGGGAUGAGAACAACCAGACCCGCUGUGGGUCAGGAGAAUGUGUACCGCGUUACCGUAUGUGCGACAGAUACUGGGACUGUAAGGACGGCACCGAUGAGUUAAAAUUAUGUGAGGACUUUGUUUGCGCUGAAAACGAGAUCAAAUGCGACAACCACAUCUGUAUACUGAAAACCUGGGUGUGUGACGGUCAAAAUCACUGUGGCAAUGGAUGGGAUGAGAAGAACUGCGGUUAAACGGAAUUGAUUCAGUGUUGUCAAAUAAUGCUGUUCACUGACCUAUCCCAAAAAUUGGAUACAUUAAAAAUAUUUUCCCAUUAACGUCUCUCAAUAUCAGAUCGUUGAUUAUAGACUUAUUAGCCUAUAGUGCUGAAUUGAAGAAAAUAAUCCCCUUAUAAAGAGGUUACCAACACAAAAUAAUGUAUU